CGGUGUGUGUGUUCAUUCACUUUUCUAUUUUAAGCACCAAUCUCAGAGUUAUUGCAAAAGAAUGUUCACGGCUAAAUGUUGCACAGGAAAAGAGGAAUUAUGUAGGCCCAAGUUCUUCCAUACAAGGUCCGCUAAAAGCUUUCGUCUUUAAAGAGGAAAUAAAGACUGAAUUGAACCUUUAAACGAUCCCUUCGAUUCAUUUAUGUAUAUUUACUACAUUUUCACCUGUUACCAAAACUUUUCCCACGUUGAGGAGAUAAGCGCGUGCCUUUUCGUGUACGACGACACGAGGACUCUUCAGUUAUCUUGUUUGCCAAUACAGAUCUGUUAAACCAGGCCUGGGGAAAAAGGCCAUUGGUGUCCGAUCACGUGCUUAUGCAUUUGUUCUUAUGUAGCUCUGAUUAAAAUUUGAAAUGUGUUAUCUUGAUCCCAUGAUGAGUUCAGCGUGUGAUAAGGUUCACAAAAUAUGUUACAUCAGAUCAACAGCAGUUACUUGAUCGAAUCAAAUCAUGGCAGAUAAUACCAGCAAUGGAACUAUCUAUGGCUGUCCCGCAGAGACGGCAGAAUUUUACAUCACAUUCCAAAUGUAUUUGCUGAUUUGCAGUGCAGUAAUUCUGAUUAUCUUUAGUUUCACAACGAAGAGGACCAAUUUAUGCACAGGGCUAUUUCAAGGGAGACCAGGUUUAAUAACUCCAAUGAAUUAUCUCGAAUCACCCAAGAACCGCUGGGCGUACACUGCGGCAUACGGGGUGCUGACCAUCGCGGUAUUAAAUAUGAUUUUGACUGGAGGAAAUACAAAUUCAGUGCCGGAGCCAUCGUACAUAAUACAACUGAAGACUAUCUUACUAGUUCUACUCUACGGUUUGUUGUACUACCCUGUGCUUGCAGCGGUGACAGUGAACUCCAUUCUGAGCUACACUAUAGGGUGGCUCCAUCUCUGUCUGAUAUUUGGGGUUCAAGUGGCAGAAACAGUGGACUGUGCAUUAAGUCAGCAAGGUCUGGCCGUUCUAAUGGGUAUGUAUAUCCCAUCGUAUGCAUGCGUGCUCUUCCUUCUGAUCAACUUCCCCGUCCAGACAUACAGAUUAAUACGAUACAGGCGGAGUAAAACAUCAUUACUAGAGAAUGGCGAAUUUUUUCUGAAGCAUAAUUAUGAGGCGAAGCACGUGUGCAAACUUUUCAAUAAAAACAAAAAGCAAGUUUGCCCUGAAUCUCCAGUUGCGACCGACAAGUUGCAGAAAUUAAGAUGCAGAUUAAAGAGUUUGUGGGCGAAACUAGUUUACCAAAGAGUAGAAGGUUACGUGUAUUCAACGAGGAUAGUGACCACAUUUACAGUGGCUGUUAUUGUGAUAUAUGCAGUAGCCGUGUUAAUAUAUGGCGUUUUUCUUCCUAUUAUUGACGGCCUCGUCUAUAAUGCAGUACAAAGAAACAAAGGGCAGUUUGACAGUGGUGAACUAAUUUUGUACAAAGUAUUCCGAGUAUGUUUCAUCGUCUCAAUUGGCAUUGCUUUCCUGUACAACUUGCUGUCUAUUGCCUUCAUGCUGGACCAAUACAGGAAAGAUCACCUUGAUCUCCAGAAGGGAAUACAUACGCGCGUGCCUCCUAUGACGCAGUCAGGGAAUAUAUUUUGGAUGAUGAACUUCAUUAAUUAUGCGGGCUAUCAGGUGGCCUACUUGCUUUGGGGGUUUUUUAUCCAGUCAGUGGUUAUACUGAUAAUCGUAUCUGUGAUUUCCCUGCUAAUUACCAUCCUCGCCAUUGGACAUGAGUUGGAAGCAGUUCUUAAAUGGACAAUUGGGCAUUUUGGGCCAUCUAUUUUGAUACUGCUUGUGCUGUAUUUGAUCCAUUUCCUGCUUUCCUGGUUGGUGUUUCUGCAGGACAAGGGGGCCAAUCUUGCAGCUAACAACAGGAGAUUGCUGUUCAACUUUGUUUAUUUCAUGUUUAUAUACAACAUACUUAUUGGUGCGUUUUCCGCUUUACUGCGAGUUGGAAAGGGGAUAGUAUUUGGCGUUCUGUAUAUCGGAAGACUUGACAGUAGCAACCUACCCAGAAGCGUCAACCUGCUUUUUGACCCAGGGUAUAGAGCAUACGUUGGCAUGUUGCACGUGGAAAAUGCUCACAGACAUCCAGUUAUGUUGACAUUUAUAAACCUGUUGGUGAUAGAAGCAGAAAUCAGAAAAAGAAUGCUUGCUGUCGAAACAUGUGAAGAAAACAUGGCGUCAAGUACAAGUUCAACUUUAGUUGAUGCUGAAGAAGGUACCGUGCUACCGCGUUCCUGCUCAUUCGUCGGUGGUGAACGUCGUCAACGUGCCCGCAGAAAGUGGGCAGUGCUUUUUACUGUACUGAACAAUCCCAGUUUAGCCAAACACAGGAAAACGCAAUUGCAGAAAAGCCAGGUGGAUGCCUUAGACUUAAAUGAGGACAACAAGGGCUUAGGUAUGAGUAGUGUUGCAAUCUGCACGUGAUGUGAUAAACCAUACGUGGGAUUACAUACUAAGGGAUCGUGGCCUGUUGCUUGAAUGGGACCUUAACAAUUUAUGGAUGUAGAAAUCAGCAUUCCUUAAAACAGAAAUAUCGUGCUUCUUUAAUGGAUAUUUAAUUUGUAAAAAAAACUGAAAAUCCUCCUACUAGGUCGUUGAAAAACUUUUUGUCACUAUCCUGGCUGAUCAUAAAUUUAAGGACAUGUAAGACCUUUGUUUUUACCUUAUUUUGUUUGGCUUUAACGUUGAAAUGACGGACGUAUACACAUGUAAUAUGAAUGAAAUUGUCUUAGACGGCGUUUCCAAAAUCUUAUCGUACUAGCAGGAUCGAUCUAUCUCAGUACAGUCAAUCUAAUCAGCUUAAUUGUCUUGCACACUCCUUUCAGAGCGAACUUGAGCAACAUCAUGGAUCACAAAGUUUACCCGACUUUACCCAA